AUGAGUGUGAUAGGUAAAGAGAAGAGAGACUGAUUGGGUCUGAAUAAGUCAGCAACAGAGGAUAGCCUUGGUCCUGGGAGUUACCUUGGCACCUCUAAUAUUGGUAGCAGGAACAAAGGCCUCAAAUUUAGUAAUAAAUAGCUAUUCAAGAGCUUUGGAAGGAAUUCAAGGUUCUAGACCUAUUUUUGAUAUUAAGGAUUUAAAUGACUCUAAAGAUCAUGCCAAUACAGGAAUUAGUUCUCUUCAAAGUGACUUUAAAACUGGAGUUUCAGAAGUUCGAAAGAUGAGGGAAAGAAUAAAAUCUAUUCCUCGAAAUUGCAAGAAUAUCAUAUCUCCACGGCCAAACAACUCCUUUAUUUCAAAAGUCCAGCGGUUCUCGUUUAACAAAAAGGAGACUGAAUACGUGCCUGGGCCUGGGUCUUAUGCCCAAAAUAGCCAUUGGGAUAAUAAAGGCACUAUUAAAAUGCUGAAGGACAGAAGCGUACCUGAUCUCAGGGUCAGCAAAGAGUUUUCAGGCAGAAAUGUCAACCUUCCUAACCUGAAAAGUUUAUGCCUCGAUUACAUUAAUUCAGAGGGGUCAGAAUUCUUAAAAUUGAAACGGAUCUCAAAGAAUAAUUCUAUGAAAGAUGAUAGCGUUGGACCUGGCCAAUACAACCUCUCCAACAGCCUUCAAAGUGGGAUAAAGGUUAAUUGGCAUGCAUCCAAUACAAGUAGAGAGCUUCCUUCACUAAAGGCACUCAAGAAUCAAGAACCAGAUAUUGGCCCAGGGAAAUAUUUCCCUGUUUUUGGCAAUGAAGUCAGCAAUGCUAAAGCAGCUAGAAGAUCCCUUCAAAAUUUGUCUUCUCUACGAAAAUCUAAACAAGAGUUUCUUCAAAAAAUAAAGAAUAAAGCUAUUGACCAAGAGUCACUUAUUAAGCCAGUAGAGCUUAAAAAGGAUCUUCCAGGACCUGGAUAUUAUAAUAUAAAUUUUGAAAUACAAACUAGUACAACAAAACCAGAACAAUUCCAGUUCUUUGGAUCUACUUCGGAUAGAUUCCCUUCGAUAAGGAAAGACUUAGAAGAGAAUAACAUCAGCCCUGGAAAGUAUAGCAAAGAAUUUCCUGAAAAGAUAAAUUUUAAACUAAAAAGAGCAAAUAAGAUUAAAAAAGAGGUUCCUUUUGGUGCUUCUGAGGAUAGAUUUUACGAUAAAAUCUCUGCCGCUCCUCUCUCUAAUCCUGAACCUCCUGCCAAAACCCCUCAGAAAAAUCUCCAAAUCAAGAAGCCCUUCGUGGGCUCUCCGACCAAAAAGUUCCUUGAGGCUUUUCAAAACGCUGAUCUUUUCCCUCAAAGAUGAAGCUCAAAACCAACAAAUUUAAUAAAAAAAUAAA